AUGAAUAUAAUAGAAUCAAACAAAAACGAUGAGAAAGAAAAAAACACGGAAGGGAAUGAAGAAACAGAUAAUUCGAAUUUGAAGAGAAAAAAUGAGGGUUUUUUAAUUAGAAGUUAUAAAAGGAUAAAACAUAAAAUUAAAGGAGAUGACGAUAAUAAUGAUGACGAAAAUAACGAUGACGAAAACAACGAUGACGAUAAUAAUUAUGACGAUAAUAAUUAUGACGAAAAUUAUGAUAAUGAUGAUGAAUAUGAAAAUAAAGAUAUAGUUAUUGAUGAUGAUAAUAAUGAAAAAAACGAAAAGGUUAAUAAAAAUGAUGAUAAUAAAAAUGAUGAUAAUAAAAAUGAUGAUAAUAAAAAUGUUGAUGAUAAAAAUGAGGAGCCAUUAAAGUUAAAUGGUCAAUCCUAUAUAGAUGAAUCAUUAAAAAAUGAUAUGAACGAAAAUUAUAAUUAUAAGUACAAUAAGAAAAGUAAAAAAGUAAUAUCAGAAGAUUAUGAAAACGAAGAUGUGGAUGAAAAGAAAAAGGAAGAAAGAAAAACUGAGGAUAUUCAUAUGAAUAAAAAAAUUGUUACAAAAAAAUCAUCCAAAUAUGAAUUGAAAAAUAUUCAUAAAAAUGUUAAUAAAGAAAGAACGGAUUAUAUUAAAGAAAAGGAAGAUAAUAUUAACAAACGAAGUGAUAGAGAAAAAAAAAAUAUUAGAAAAAGUGUAAAAGAAAAAAGAAUACAAUAUAAGAAAGGUAAAAAAGAUCGACGAGAUUUUGAAGAAGAUGAUGAUGACGAUGAUGAAGAUGAUGAAGAGGAAGAUGAUGAUGAGAAUAAUGAUGAAAUGAAAGGAUUUAUUGUAGAUAGUGAUGAAGAAGAUUAUAGUGAUGAUGAUAGUAGUGAUGAUGAUAGUAGUGAUGAUGAUAGUAGUGAUGAUGACAGUAGUGAUGAUGACAGUAGUGAUGAUGACAGUAGUGAUAAUGACAGUGAUGAUAAUAGUGAUGAUGAUAGUAACGAUGAUGCUGAUAAUGAUAGUAAAAAAUAUAGUGAAGAUGAUGAUAUAAUUAAAGAAAAAAAGAAAAAAAAAAAAAUGAAGAAAAAGAAGAAGAAAAAAAAGAAAAAGAAAAAAUAUGAUUAUUUUGAAAAUAAAAGUUUAGAUGAUGAAGAUCUAGAACUUAUUGCAGAAAAUACAGGUAUACAAGUAAUACGAAAUGAAAAAGAUACUAAACAUAGAAGAUUAAAAAAAAUUAAAGAUAGUAAUGAUGAAGAUGAUUCUUAUGAUCAUUCUUCAAUAAAUGAAAAUAAAAAUAAUGAAUUAAAAGAUAAAGAUGAUUUUAUAGAUGACAGUGAAAUCUCUUUAAGAAAAAAAAAAGGAGAUACAAAUAAUAAUUUAUUUAAUUUUGGAGAUAAUUUAUCUGAUACAAGAGAAAAUGAAAAACAUGCAUUACAAGAAGGUGAGGAAGAUUUAGAAGAAGAAGAAGAAGGAGGAUUUGGUGUAACAUCUGAUAAUGUUUAUAAAAAUGAUUCAUAUAUACAUAAUGUUAUUACUCAAACAUUUGGUGAUAUAAAUGCUGUCUUAGAUAUUAUUAAUGCUUCUCCAUCAAAAAAAAAGAAAAAAUAUGAUUAUGAAGAUGAUGAAAUAGAAAGUGAUUAUGAUGACGAAGAGGAUCAAGACUCUAAAGAUAUUAUAGUCGAUGAUGAAUAUCCUAGUAGAAAAAAACGAAAGAAUAAAAAAAAAAUGGUUAGCUUUUUUGAUGACAUUAAUGAAAGUAUGAAAAGGAUUGGAAUGGAUGAUGAUGAUUCCGAUUAUGAAAUGGAUGAAAAUGAAAAAUAUGAUGAUCAAGACGGUCUGGAAGAAAUUGAAGAAGAUUAUGAUGAAUAUGAAGAAUAUGCUGAAGAUGGUUAUGAACAGGAAGAUGAUGAAGAAGAUGAUGAAGAUGUUGAUGAUGAAGAGGAUGACGAAGAAGAUGAUGAAGAAGAAGAUGAUGAUGAUGAUGAUAAUGACAUAUACGAACAAGAGUAUAACAAAAUUUACGAUCACGAAUAUGACGAUUUUGAUGAAGAUGAACAUGGAAGUACGAACGAUUUGGGAGAAUUUUAUAAGGAGGAUGAAGAAGCAAAAGAAGAUAUAGAUCACACAGAUAAAGGUAUAUUAAAAGUAGAUGAAGAUAGUACACAAAAAGAACAUAAUAUUAAUGUGGAAGAAAAUCAUGAAGAGGAUAAAAAUAAUAUCUUAAGUAUCGAAGAUGAAUCACAACUUGUAAAAGAAAGUAAAGAAAAGAAAGAUCUUUUUCAUGAUGAUGAUGAUGAUAAUGAAAAUAAAAUUGAAAAAAAAGAAAAGCAAAAAAAAAAGAAAAGCAAAAAAAAGAAAAAACGAUUAGAUUUAAUAGUAUCAAAUAACUGGAAAAAAAUUGCAGAACCAGAUGAAGCUUUAAAUCAAUUAUUAACAAAGAAAGAUGAGUUAAUUAGAAAUACGGAUAUGCCUGAAAGAUUUUUUAAUAUAUAUAAAAAAAGACAAAAGAAAUUAAAUAAAAAAAUGUUACUUAUAGAAUCUAAAUGGAUAUUACAUAAAUUGAAAGAAAAAUAUCCAACAUAUUUUACAUAUAAAAAUUUUGAAAAAAUUAUUGAAGAAACGUAUAACAAAACAUAUGAUAUAAAUGUAAAUGAUUUCUUGAAUGAUUCAUUUUUAUUAAAAAAAUGUAUAUUAACAUUGCAUAUGCUUAUAAAGUAUAAUAAUGAAAUACCAUAUAUUGUAUUUCAUAAAUCAUAUUUAAUAUUUCCACCUUUUAAUAUAAAUAUGUUAUGGGAUAUAUAUGAGCUUGAUCAAAGUUGGUAUAAAACAUUUAUUAAAAUAAGGAAGCUUAGGUGUAGAUUAAAGCGUUUAAGUAAAGCUAAUAAUAUCCAUAUGGAUAUUUUCGACAUUCUUAAUAAAUAUAAUGAAAUGUAUUACGAGGACGUCAAUAUAUAUUAUUAUUAUUUGAAAAACAAUUUGCUAAAUACAAAUAAUAAUAAUAAUCAUAAUAAUAAUAAUAAUAAUAAUAAUAAUAAUAAUAAUCAUAAUAAUCAUUUUGAUGAUAGUCAUAAUAAUAAUAAUCCUAAUAUAUUAUCCUUAACAAAUAAUGACAAUGAUAAAGAUAUAUUUGGUGAAGAUAUAAAUAAUGAUAAGGAAAGUAAGGAAAAUAAUAUUUAUAUGAAGGAUGAUUUAUUUGGUGAAGAUAUAUUAGCAGAUGAUAAAAAGAAAGAAAAUAAUAUGAACGAUGAAUUUGAAAAAAAUAUAUUAGAUAAGAAUAAAAUGAAAAUAGAAAAUGAUGAAAAAGAAGACAAUAAAAAUAAUUUAUAUAAUAAAUUUAAUGAGAGAAAUAUUCCAGGUUUACAAUUUUUAGAAUAUGUAAAAAAAAAUCGAUUUAAUAUAUGGGAUGAAUAUUUAUUAACUACUGAAGAAUUUUAUGAAAAUAUUUGUUAUUUAUAUGAUUUAAUAAGAAAUGAGAGGAUAUAUCCAUCAGAACCUAAUUAUGAUGAUCAUGAAAAGAAUAAAUAUAAUCAUAAUAAAGAUGAUUCUGAUAAUGAUGAUUAUUUUAAUAAAGGAGAUAAAAAAAAGAUAAAUAAAAAAGAAAAUUUAAAGAUCUUUAAAUAUAAUUGUUCAAAAAUAAAAAAUAUUGUAUCUAAUGUACCAGAAAUAUAUAUAAACGAUUUAAAUGUAGAAAGUCAGAUUGAAGAUUGGUGUAAAUCUUUUUUUUCUAGAGAAGUAUCAAAUAAUAAAGAAAUAUUUAAAACAUUAAUUUGUUAUUAUUCUAAAUUAUUAGCAUCUCAUCCAUGUAUAAAAUAUAUUUUUAGAUUCUUUUUUUUGAAAUAUUCAUCUAUAACUACUGUAAGUACCAAUUUAGGAGAAAUGAAUGUUGAUAUAUGUAAUAAUGAUUAUUUUGGGUAUCGACUUUAUCGUUUACCUAUAUAUUAUCUAUUAACGAAUGAACACAGGAAUCAAUUUCUGUUAGAACAAAAUGAAGAUAAAUAUAAUAAUAGACGUGACACCAAAAAUUCAUAUCAUCAUAGUAAUUAUUCACAUAAUUACACAAAUGAUAAUAAUAAUAAUAAUAAUAAUAAUAAUAAUUGUCCCAUAAAUAAUGAUAUAUUACCCUCCUUUCAAGUUAGCCAUGAUCCAUGUUAUAUACACAAUUAUAAUUUAAAUUUUUUUAACACACAAUUAGAUGAAAGUAAUAUUCAUAUAGAUGCUAAAAAAAGAGAACUCGAAAGUUAUUAUCAUAUGCAUAAAUAUAAACACAUAUAUUUAGAGAUAUUAAAAAAUAAAGAAAAUAAAUUAAUUGAUAUUAUUCUUCAUCCAAUCUUACCUCAUGAAACUGUACCUUGGAAAAGUGAAGAAUAUAAUGAAAGAGAGAAAAGCAAAAAAAAAAAAAGAAAAAAUGAAAGAGAUAUUAAAAAUUCAUUUGAAAAGGAAAAGAAUAAACUAAUUAAAGCAGAACAAUUAGAUAGUGAAUGGAUAAAUAAUAUUCUUAGACAAUUAUCUUAUGCAUAUUGUUAUAAUGAUAUGGAAAAUAAUAAUAUUUUUGUAUAUAUACAAAAAAAAAUAUUAAAUAAUUUCUUAUGUGUAGAACUUUUACCUUUAUUUAAAAAAAAUCUAGAAAAUCUAUUGUUAUCUAGUGCUCAGAAUUGGUUAAUGGUAUAUAUACAUCAAUCUUUUUAUUUAACACUUAAUGUAAAACCUAUAAAAAUAUUCAAAAACGAUAUUAUUCGGGAUAACCUAGAGAAAAUUAAAAAAAAAGGAAAAAAAAAAAGUAUUAAAAAUAAAGAUAAUAAUGAUAGUAAUAAUAAUAAUGACGAUGAUGAUAAUAAUGAUGAUAAUUACGAUGAUGAUGAUACUAGUUAUGAUGAUAAUAAUUACGGUGAUGAUGAAGAAUAUUCAUCUGAAAGUAAAAGUAGAGCAUCCUCAACUUCGAAAUAUGAAGAAGGUAUGUUGAAAAUGGAUUAUAAUCAUAAGAAGGAUAAAAAAAAAUAUUAUAGUGACGAUUCUUAUCAUAGCGAAAUGUCAGGUUAUUAUAAAAAGGAAGAUAUGGAUGAUAAACAUAAUGAAAAGAAGAAAAAAAAGGAUAAAAAUAAAGUUAAAGAUAAAAACAAAAACAACAACAACAACAACAACAACAAUAAUAAUGAGAACAGUGAUGAAGAUAAUAGCCAUAACAAUAGUAACAAGGACCAUAAUAACAAGGACAAUAUUAACAAUGAUAUUAUGAACAAUGACAAUAAAAAAAAAGAUGAUAUUGAUAAUGAUGAAGAAAAAGAAGAAAAGAAAAAUCAAAGUGAUGAUAAAAACAAUGUAAAAUAUUCAAAUAAAACAGAUUUAUUCCAUUCAACAUAUUCAUCUGAUGAAUAUAAUUCAGAAGUACAAAAUGAUAGAAAAAAUGAAUCAAAAAAUAAAAAAAAAAAAAGUAAUCAUAUGUACAACGAAGAAAGUGAAAAAUAUAAGAAAAAUAUAAAUUAUGAUAAUUAUUCAGAUAAAUCUGGAAAAAGCUACGUAUCUAACAAAAAUGAUGAAGAUAAAAAAAAACAAUCCUUAUUAAAAAUUAUGAAGAAAAAUCAUAAUGUAUUUGAUGUUAUAUCCAUUGUAUGUGAAUGCGUUCAAUAUAAUGUUAGGGUACAUCUUAUGGCAUGUGAUAUUUAUGGUGAUAUAUUAAAAUAUAUUUAUUUAGAUAAUAUUUAUAUAGAUAUAAUAAAAAAAGAAAAAAUUCCUGUGGAAAAAGAAAGAAUUGCUCAUGAUUUGAAAAUAUUGAAAACAUUUAUUAAAAGAAUUAAACCGGAUGUUAUAGUUGUAGGUAUUAGAGACAUACCAUCCUAUCUAGUAUAUUCCUAUAUUGUAAAUAUGUUUAAUAAGAACAAUAUGGAUAAGAGUAAUAUGAAGGAGGAAAAUGAUGAUAUAUAUUAUAAGGAUAAGCAUGGUCAUAAAUAUGAUGAUCACAAAUAUGAUGAUCACAAAUAUGAUGAUCACAAAUAUGAAGAUCACAAAUAUGAACGUAAUGAAGAAAAUCUAAUUAAUCCUUCUAACAACAAGUAUCAUAUAAUUCCUGAAAGUUUAUAUAUUCCUAAUUUACUUACAAAUAGUUUAAAAUAUAGUAAAGAAUUAGUUGAUAAAUAUACAAGAGAAGCUCUGAUGUGUUUAUCUCUUUGUCAUUAUAUACAAAAUCCAUUAAGUGUUGUAAUAUCUUUAUUUGAUGAAGAUACUAAAAGUAUGUUGAUUAAAGUAUGUUUACAUGAUUUACAAAAUUAUAUUUGUAACUAUAAAUUACAAUAUUUAUUCGAACGGGUUAUGAUUGAUGUAGUAAAUAAAAUUGGGUGUGAUAUAAACUUUUUAAGAAAACAAAAAAAGAAGCAUCUUGAAAAUUCAUUAAAUUAUAUAUGUGGUUUUGGUUUAAGAAAGAGAGAAGAAUUAAUGAAAUUAUUGCAUAAUACAAAUUUAAAUACUCGAGAAGAUCUUUUAACCUUAUCAAAUAAUAAAAAAUUUAUUGGUAAGUGUGUAUAUAGAAAUUGUUCUUCUUUUAUUAGAAUUAUAAGUAAUGGCGAUGACUUUGUUGAAGCUCUGGAUAAUACAAGAAUUCAUCCGUCUAAUUGUUAUGACAUUAUUUACGACAUGUUAAAAAAUACGGUAGAGAAAAAAAACAGUUUUAUGAAAAAUAAGGAUCUGUAUGAAUUAGUAAAUUAUUUAAUAGAUAAAAAGAGAUUGAUAAAACAUAUAGAAAUAAAAGACUAUGCAAGGAAAUAUUACAACAACGCAAAUAAUAAUAAUAAUAAUAAUGAUAAUAAUAAUGAUGAUGAUAAUGAUAAUGACAAUAAUAAUAAUGGAAAUGGUGAUGAUAAUAAUAAUAAUAGUAAUAAUAAUAAUAAGGGAGGUGGUGGUGAUAAUAAUAAUAAUAAAAUUAUAAAUAAUAAUUAUACCAAAAAAAACAAUUAUAAUAAGAAGAAAAAUAUUUAUUUGUAUCCAUACCUAAAAUUUAUAAAAAAUGAACUACUAGAACCAUAUAAAGAUUAUCGUUAUAUAUAUGAUAAAAAAAAAGAAGAAGAAUUAUUUUAUCUUAUUAUUAAUGAAAAAAAAGAAAACUUAGUUGUAGGUUCAGAAGUUGCAUGCAAAAUUAAUUAUAUAAAUAAAAAUAAUAGCUAUAUUGGUAUUUCUAUAUUACCAUAUAAUAUUAGAGGUUUUAUAAGUGAUUCGAAGGAAUUUUUAAGACAAUUAAGAAAUUACUAUAAUGAGAGAAUGAAUUAUAUAAAUUCUAAUAUGGAAAUAUUAAACUCAUUUAAUAAUAAGAAUAAUUUUAUGAACCAUAAUAAUAAUUUAAAAGAUGCACAAUAUAUUAAUAAAUCGGUUAUAGGAGAAGUUAUAAAGGGUAGGAUAUCAGCUAUUAAUUACAAUUUAAAUAAUAGGUUUGAAACAAACUUUUAUGUAGUAGUAACAGAAGAAAAUAUUCGAAAAAUAAAAAAACAAGUAUUCUUACAAAAUAUGAGUUAUCCAUUUAGUUAUGAAAAUUUAUCACCACUUAUUGAAUUAGAUAUUAAUUAUGAUAAUAAUAAUUUUAUACAGACACAUUUUAAAAAAUUAAAUGAUAAUGAAGAUUUUGAUGAUUUUGUUGAAGAUGAAAAAAAUUUAUUUAUUAAAAAUAAAAAUAAAUAUUAUCAAAAUAAACAAUUUAUAAAUCAUCCAAAUUUUAAAUUAUGGAAUUAUCAAGAAGUAUAUACAUAUUUAAAACAAAAUAAUAUAUCUAUAGGUGAAUCAAUUAUAUAUCCUUCAAAUGAAAUUAAUAAAUUAUAUGUAAUUAUUAAAACAUGUGACAAUCCUUUUUAUAUUGUUAAAUUUACUAUAUAUGAAAAAAAUGUACAACAACAUAAUAAUAUUACUAAUAGAAAUACACAUCAGCCAAUUCAACAAAUAUAUUUAAUUAACAACGAACAAUUUAAAUCAAUAGAUCAAAUAGUUACAAAUUUUUGUGAUAAUUUAAAAAAAAAUUUGUUAGAAUUAUAUAAUCAUCCUAAAUGUAAAAAAAGAAAAUCAUUUGAACAAGUUCAAAAAGAAUUAAGUCAAGAAAUGAUUCUCAAACCAGAUAAUAUUAUGUGGUCUAUUAUACCACCAAUCAUGCCAGAAACAAAAAAUAAUAAUAAUAAUAAAGGAGAUAAAAAUGCUAUACAAGAUUUUAAUCCCUUAAGAUUUACAUUAAUGGUCAUACCACCAAUUAAUCAUCAACAACAUCUAUAUUCAAAUAUACAUUCUACUUAUGAACCCAAAGAUUUUAUAGUACUUCAUGAUUCUAUAUAUGUUGAUCAUAAAUCCUUUAAACUCUGGACCAGAACUGAAAAAAAUUUUAAAUACCUUAUCACCUGGUGGAAAGAAAAAGGUUAUUGGAAUCGUCAAAAUGAAAGAUUAGAAUAUAUGAAUGAAAAAAAAAAAAAAAUGGAAGAAUAUAAUAAAAAAAUUAAAUCUAUUAAAAAUUGA